UUAUUUACAUCUAUUAUGGAUUAUAGAAUAUUAGCGCUUAACGCUAAUUUGCAUAAAAUGAAGAAUGGUAACAUUUAAUGCUAACUGAAAAUGAAACACUACAAAUACAACAUUCACUAAGACCGUAAUGGACAGAAUAAUUAACUGUUAAGAACUAAAUAAUGUAUCGUACGUAAAUAAAGAUCCCGUUACCGAUUACACUAGAUGGAAAUAAUGAAAACUUCAAGGAUAUUGAAAUAACAAGUAAAAGCACGUACGAUAUCUGGUGGAGAAUAGGUUCUAAAGUUUAAUUCCUUUACAAUAACAUUUUCCACAACAAAAAUCGUCAGAAAUGUUUCAAGAUGUCUCACUACAAUUUACGUUCUCGCCUAUCAGACACUCUACCGCCACAGUUGACGCCGCCAACAUCCCCACCUGACGAGUCGACAGUUCCGGAGCAACCAUUUCAACCAUCAACUACCAUAUCAAAACAAGACACUCCAAAAUCAUCAAGCAGACGCCUUCCGCACCUGGCCACUCUCCAGCAGACGGGGAACGACCGGCGAGAAACUUCCAUACCGCACAGACUUCGGACCCAAGAGGCGCACACGACAAUACAUCAUUCAUAUAAAUAUAGUGUGUAUUUCAUAAUUGUGUUCUUAGAUUUGUAUUUUCAUUGAUACUCUAUUGUAUAUAUAAUAUCAUUUUAUCGUUACAUUUUUGGUUCCCU